GUUUGUGUGUAAAGCACUAUAUAAACUCAAGCAGAGGAGCGAAGGUUUCAGUUAAAAUCGCUCUCAUAACAUUCCCGAAACAAAGAGGGCUCUGAGCAGUGAAGAGCGAUGGUGUUUGUAAAAGCACUCCUGCUGGGACUGUCCACCCUCUCCGCAGUGUGGACUCAGGACCCCCUCGUUCCAGUGAUCGACAUCGUGAGUGAGCUGGCGGAGCUGAAGGCUGCUGUGGCCCAGCUGAGAGAGGAGGUGAAAAAGCUGCAGGAAGGUCAGCCAAAAAUAGCUUUCACUGCAACACUAGAAGUUCCAGGGAAAAGAGGAAGCCUCGGACCCCACAAUACAGACAUAACGCUGGUCUUCAAACAUGUGAAAACAAACAUUGGUGAAGGUUUCAACUCUACAACAGGAGUGUUCACAGCACCAGUGAGAGGAGUCUACGUCUUCGCCUUCAACUGCUUUGCUGGGGCAUCGAGACCGAUGAGUUCGGCACUGUUUAAAAACGAUGUGAACGUUGUGUCUAUUUGGGACCAGCCAUCUUCAGGUGACAGUGAGGACAACGGCUUUAACGCUGCCACACUGCUUCUGGAUCCAGGAGACCGUGUUUACAUCAAACUCUGGAAAGGCACACAAAUCGCCAUCACUGAUGGUUACACCACAUUCAGUGGCUUCCUGCUCUACCCUUUAAAACAAGAAACAUGAAGAGAAAUCAAAGAAAAAAAAACAUUACAAAUUAUUCAGUGCUGUACAUCAGUGUAUACUAGUGGAGUGGAGGAUAUGGAAAGUAGGAAGCAAUUUUUUAAAGAACAGCAAAGUCUUCAAGUCUAUUUUUGGAAUCAAGUAAUAUGUUAUCUAAGUAUAUAUAUAAUAAUGUGUAUGUAUAUAUAAAAUAUAUACACACACAUUCUUGCUCAUUGUCUCAAAAAAAUUAUAUAAUAAAAAAAGGUCCAAAAGCCUGUUAAA